GAGUUUCCUCGCAGCAUGGCCCCCAAACGCCAGUCUUCGCUCCCGCCUCAAACAAAGAAACCGAGACUGCCUCCUGCCCCCAAGCCAGGGCAGACGUCAACAUCUCAGCACUUGCAUAAAGGAGAAAAUGAACAGCAAGAAGCAAUUGAACAUAUCGAUGAAGUACAAAAUGAAAUAGGCAGACUUAAUGAACAAGCCAGUGAGGAGAUUUUGAAAGUAGAACAGAAAUAUAACAAACUCCACCAACCAUUUUUUCAGAAGAGGUCAGAAUUGAUCGCCAAAAUCCCCAAUUUUGGGGUAACAACCUCUGUCAACCAUCCACAAGUGUCUGCACUGCUUGGGGAGGAGGAUGAAGAGGCGCUGCAUUAUUUGACAAGAGUUGAAGUGACAGAAUUUGAAGAUAUUAAAUCAGGUUACAAAAUAGAUUUUUAUUUUGAUGAAAACCCUUACUUCGAAAAUAAAGUUCUCUGCAAAGAAUUUCAUCUGAAUGAGAGUGGUGAUCCAUCUUCAAAGUCCACUGAAAUCAAAUGGAAAUCUGGAAAGGAUUUGACAAAACGUUCAAGUCAAACACAGAAUAAAGCCAGCAGGAAGAGACAGCAUGAGGAACCAGAGAGCUUCUUCACCUGGUUGACUGACCAUUCUGAUGCAGGUGCAGAUGGGUUAGGAGAGGUCAUCAAAGAUGAUAUUUGGCCAAAUCCAUUACAGUACUACUUGGUUCCUGAUAUGGGUGACGAAGAAGGGGAAGGAGAAGAGGAUGAUGAUGAUGAAGAAGAAGAAGGAUUGGAAGACAUUGAUGAAGAAGGAGAUGAGGGUGAAGGUGAAGAAGAUGAAGAUGAUGAUGAGGGGGAGGAAGGAGAGGACGAUGAAGGGGAAGAUGACUAAUGGAACACUGAGGGAUUCCAACCUUCCUUUUUUAAUUUUCUUCAGUCCCUGGGAGCAAGUUGCCGUCUUUUUUUUUUUUU